AUGAUCGGUACGGAAUGGAGGUCCCAUGGGAGACUGAACACGUGGUCUAGGCUGCCACAAGACGUCAGCGGCAGAUGGCAUGGGUACCCGCUGUUGGCAUGAGUGUCAUUCCUCAAAGAGAGAGGGAAGGUGAAGGGAGAGAGAGAGAGAGAGAGAGAGAGAGAGAGAAGGAGAGGGGGAGAAGGAAGAGCAGAACACACAGAGAGAGAGAGAGAAAGGCAGAGAAAAAGAGGGUGCGCAGGUUCAGCUUUUUCUUAUAAUUUGUUGGUUUGCAAGAGAAGAAGCUGCAGCGCAGAUUCAGAGGAGAUAUUUGGGAACAUGCACGGAAAUAUGUUGACACUGCCUUUCGAGGAACCGCAUAUGAUGUGCGAGCCACGGUUUGGUGCCAAAUAUCCCCGUGAAAGCUUACCUGAGAGCCUGGAGCAGGAGCGCCAGCACAACCAGGACAGGUCCGACUCAGACAUGAGGGAGGCCGAUGGCGACAUCUCCGACAGAGAGGAGGAGGAGAGAGAGGACGAUCAGGAUGAGGACGGACUUCCUAAAAAGCGUGGCCCCCGGAAAAAGAAGAGCAAGGAGCAUAUGGACAGGUCCAAAGUACGGCGUCAGGAAGCCAACGCCCGUGAACGCAGCCGGAUGCACGGCUUGAACGAUGCGCUGGAGAGCCUGCGUAAAGUUGUUCCGUGCUACUCAAAAACUCAAAAACUGUCAAAGAUUGAGACCCUCAGACUGGCUAAAAAUUACAUCUGGGCCCUGUCAGAGACUCUGAGCGCAGGGAAGAGACCGGACCUUCUCGCCUUCGUGCAGACUUUGUGCAAAGGAUUAUCCCAGCCCACCACAAACUUAGUGGCCGGUUGUUUGCAGCUGAACGCGAGAAAUUUCCUCACAGACCAGAACGGGGAGGUCAUGUUCUCUGGCAGAUCGCCAUACGAUGCCAUGUACCCAUACCCGGGUUCAGACGUGAACACGCCCCCCGGCCACAGCGGCGGGAGCUUGGACAGCAGCGCCAAGCCGUUCCGUCACUACAGCUACAGCGGUGCGUACGAGCCGUACUACGAGAACCCCUCCCCAGAGAGAGGGAGCCCGCAUUUUGACGGCCAGCUGAGCCCGCCGAUGAACUUUAAUGGGAUUUUCUCCCUAAAACACGAGGAACCGCCAGACUACGGCAAAAGCAGCCACUAUAGCAUGCGCUAUGGUGCGCCAGGACGCGCGGCUCUGGCUCACAACUCCAUGUACAGAGUCUCCCCAGAGGCCCGUUUCCCCUACGAUCUGCAUGUCCGCAGCCAGUCCUUCCAAGCACAAGGGGAAGUUAAUGGCUCUUUCCACAAUUAA